AUGGCAAAACCUACAGUUGUUUUCGUUCCUGGCGGGUUUCAUACGCCAGCCAUUUUUGAUCCCGUACUUCCAUUCCUCCACGCAGCUGGUUAUCCAACCGCUUCAGUUUACUUACCUAGUGUGGGUGUUUCCCCUGGAAUUCCGGACCUCUCACCAGACGUUGAAGCAGUUAAUCUUGUUGUCGGUGGACUUGUAGAGUUGGGACGUGAGGUUUUGCUUGUUGCACACUCUUAUGGUGGCGUGCCCUCAUCGCAAGGACUUCAAGGUCUCAGCAAGCAGGAGAGACAGGCCCAAGGGCUGGCCGGGGGUGUCGUCAGCAUGUUAUUCGUGUCGGCGCAUCUGCCCCAAAAGGGGAAAUCAGCCAUAGAAAGUAUGAAUGAUUGCAGUCCGGAGGAAAAGGAGAGCCCAUCCAUAAUAAAGACAGCCCCGAGUGAGGACCCGACGGCAUUGCUUCCCGAAAACCCAAUUGAGGCCUUCUACCAUGAUCUCGACCCGGCGGUAGCUAAAUAUUAUGCGAGCUUAUUAAGACGUCAAUCUGUGGGUCCAUUCCUCUCGCAAAUCACACACGAAUCCUAUCGUCAAAUCCCUACAUCAUGCUUGCUGCUUUCGAACGACAGAGCCGUCUCCUUGGCGAGACAAAAGCGUGUGGCAAAAAAUGCUGGCAUCCAACAGCUGCUUGGGCCUAUAAAUUGCGGUCAUUCUCCAUUCCUAUCGCAUCCAGAAGAAGUCUCAAAAUUCAUUCGGCAGGUUGCUGGAGAAACUUAA